AUGUUCCAAUUUGGGUCUAGAAGAGCCAUUCACAGUGUGCCUCGGCUGCCAGGGCUGAAUGAGCUGACGAAGACAGGCAUACCGGGCGUAUUGAGUCCACUUGGAUUCGAAGUGGCGUGGAAACAACAGCAGCAAGCGUUAUGUGAUAAAUUAACGUUGGCAACGAGUGGGACGUCGCUGGAAUCAUAUUUACCGUUCCAUUUGGUGUUGAAUACGGCCAAGAAACCGUUCCAGACGAAUAUUUUCAAUUUGGCUUCAGCUGCGCAUAAUAAUCAUUUGUUCAUUGAGAACAUUUUACCAAGCGGUAGUGGUAGUGGUAAUGGUAAUGGUCGCGACGUUUCGUCACGGCUAUUCCAAUCGCGAAUCGAAGAACAGUACCAGUGUAGCUGGGACGAGUUGAAGCGCGAAAUGGUGCGUCGCGCCGAGACUGAGGUUCUGGGCCAGGGUUGGUUGUUCCUUGUAGAAAACAGCGACAAAGAGUUACACAUUUUGACGGUACAGAAUCACGGAACACCGUACUAUUUCCCUCGCAACCAGACGUUCGACAUGAACUCUGCGUUGUCGCUCGAAGAGUUUACGCAAUUCAACGCAAUUCAAAAAGCUGUACAAAACGGUACCAAGAUCCAAGAUUGGACCAUGCCUCUCAUUGCUGUGAGUUUGUGGGACCAUGUGUAUUUGCAUGAUUACGGUGUCAAAGGUCGUUCUAAGUACGUCGAAAAGGUACUCGACAAUCUGAAUUGGUCCGUCGUGAACUCAAGGCUAUAUUCUGGCCAGACCUGA